GUUUGCCCACUGUUGCCGCUGCUGCUGCUGCUGGGCAUCCUUGCGUCUACUGUGUCAUACCAGUUGUGGGAAGCUCUUCCACAGUACCGCCACCGCGUACAGCCUUCCCUGGUGCACCACCACCAACUUCAGCAGUCGCAUUAAAAGGGGCCCCCAGGCCAGCUAUGACUAGUCCAGCAGCAGCAGGCGGCUUAGCAGGUGCUCCGUAUCGCGGUGCCAGUUGGACACCACAGGGUUACGCUCCAGCUGCCGCUGCAGCGGCUGCUGCCGUCGCUCAGCAAGCCUAUAGAUAUACAGCUCCAUUGCCGCAACCAGCUUACGCGGCCUAUACACCGCAUACCGCAACAACACCAGCAACAACUACGUACGGUCAGCGUGUACCAACUGCAGCAUCGCCAAGUAAUACGAACUCGAGCAGCUCAUCAAACACCGGCUCACAGAGCGGAACUUUAAGUACUAGUCUGAGUAAUACCAAUACAAAUACAACAAUGGGUCCUAGUAACGGUACACAGCAACAAGGUGAACAAUUGUCAAAAACAAAUUUGUAUAUUAGAGGAUUGCAACAAGGCACAACCGAUAAGGAUUUAGUAUCUAUGUGUGCACAAUAUGGAACGAUUAUUUCAACCAAGGCUAUUUUAGAUAAAACAACAAACAAAUGUAAAGGUUAUGGCUUUGUCGACUUCGAGUUGCCAGCAUAUGCCGAGGGUGCCGUCAAGGGUCUACAAGCUAAGGGCGUUCAAGCUCAGAUGGCCAAAGUGGGUAUCUGGGUGCUUCAUAGGCCGGCCAUUCAACAAGAACAGGAUCCAACAAAUUUGUACAUUGCAAAUUUGCCACCACAUUUCAAAGAGACGGACUUGGAGAAUAUGCUCUCGAAAUAUGGGCAAGUUGUGUCGACUCGCAUAUUGCGCGAUCAGCAGAUGAACUCAAAAGGUGUUGGCUUUGCACGCAUGGAGAGUCGUGAGAAGUGUGAGCAAAUCAUACAGAUAUUCAAUGGUAAUACAAUACAGGGUGCCAAAGAUCCACUUUUGGUUAAAUUCGCCGAUGGUGGUCCAAAAAAGAAGAAUCUCUAUAAAAAUCCUGAUCCAAAUGCGCGAACGUGGCGUGAUCCCACCGAAGGGAUGCCGGUCACCUAUGAUCCGACUAUGCAACAGAAUGGUGUUAGUGUUAAUGUUGGCACACCAAUUGGCGUGCCGUAUUCACGUUUUAGUGCACCACCGGUUAGCAGUUAUCCAAUGACGACUGGAUCGCAAUGGAUACCCGGUUAUAUGAUGACACAGCAAAUACCACAAGUUGAGGAUCAAUACAUACAAAUGGCUGCUGCCCCACAAUUGGGUGUCGCAUCCUACAAACCAGACGCUGUUAAUCAGGUGCAACCACGCGGCAUCUCGAUGAUGGUCAGUGGUGAUCCGUCUGUGCCAUAUGGACCAAUGGUGCCACAAUUAGCCACAUUGCAAAUUGGCAAUUCCAAUUUCUCUCCAUCAUUACAGUAUAUUAGUCCAACUUAUCCAUAUUAUGCACAACCAACAAUUAUUCCAACAAUGCCAAUGACAGAUUCCGAACAGGCUAGCACAGCUGCAUCACCCGAUGAGGCAUAUACACAGUAUCCACAUCCAGCCGCUCCCAAAUAGGUCAUCGCGAGAUGUAAUAUUAUGAUGCCGCGAUUGACACUCUAAUGGGAGUUGGAAGUGGAAUCGGAUAAACGCGAACAACAACAACAACAACAACAGGAUAAUAUGCAACAGUAGUAUAGACGAUAAUAAUAACAACAAGAAUAAAAAAUAUAAGAAACAAGUGGAAGGACAAAACGAAGAAAUACAAAACAAUACAAAUAUUGCCACAACUUAAACAACAACCACAACAACUGUGACUGCAACAAGGAUAUCGGCGACAACCAACAACAAUAAAAACAAAUAGAAUAUAAACCAAAUAAUAAAUUGAAAAUUCAAAUAUAUAAUGAACUAUGGGUUGCCACUAUGAAAACAAGUGAAAGCAAAUGAUUUACAAAUAUUUAAAGCAGUUUUCUGCAACAACAAAGCAAAUGUAAGAGAAGGCAACCAAAAAAAACUUGAAAAUGUAAUAAAUGAAGUAAACAAAGGAUCGAAAUAAUAUUUUAUAUUUGUUUGCGAGAAUAAUGAAUGCAAGUAUGGCGACAUUUUAAAACAAAGUUGAAUAAUUAAAAUGAAGAGAAAUGUAAAGACUAAGUUAAACAUACACAUAAAUACAUACUUACUUAUAGAAAUUGGAAAAAAAAAACGCGAAACAAAACGCUGCAAACAAGAAGCGAAGCAAAGAGAAGGGAAAAAAUUGCUAAACACAUAUACUAUAUACAUAUGUACAUUUGUAAUUUGUAAUAAGAAACGCUAACAGAAAUGAAAGUGAAAAAAGCAAAGCGAUAUUUGUAAUGAGCAAGCUUAUAACUAGCAACAGCAACAAAGGCUUGAAGCAGCGGGUGCAUAAUAAUAAUAAUUAAUAGCGUAAUAAAGUCAUAAACUGUACACAAAAUGGCGGCACACGAACCAGCACUGGCUAGUGGACGAGACGAGAAUCUUAUGAGCAGGCAAUAUGAUUGUAUUUUUGAAUAUUUAAAUAAACGAAGAAGAAGCGUUAGUCAAACACACUGUGCUGGCCGGUGGAAAUUAACUAAAAUAAAAUAAUAAGAAAUAAAAUUGAAACAUAAAAGAAAUAAGAUAAACGAAAAAAUGUAAAAGUAAGAGAAAUAUGAUUGAAAGCCCGCUAAAAACAUGCAAGGAAUUUUGAAUGUAUUUAUGUAAUAGAGUACAUUAAAGUAUUUACAUUUUGAAUGAGCUAAUGAAACGACGAUGAAAUGAGCGCAUAAGUGGUUGACGAAGCAUAUGUAAAAGUAGAAAAAGUUGAUAAGCUAACGGUGUAGUGGGGGUUUAGUGAAACCAAUUUAUUUAUUUAAUACUUAAACUAGAAAACAAGAAUAACCGUAUGAGAGAAGUAACAAAGAAGAUGUUGAAAUGAAAACGAAGGAAGCAUACGUUGAGAUGUUGUUGUAAAAGAAGAGGAAGUAGCUGAGAAAGCAGCGAAGCAGAGUUUACUGGAAAUUUUACACAAGAUUGUUGAAUUUCUUUGAGUUUUUCAUUUUAUAAAUGACAUUUAACCGUUAUAUUUUUAUUUGUUACUUUUUGAAGGAGAAAUUUAAACACAUAUACAUAAUAGUUUGUAAUGCAACUGCGAAAUGCAGCAGCAAAGCGACAAGUAUUUACAUAAAUAAGUGGCAAUGAGGACAUAAAAAGUACCAAAUUGUCGGACAAGCAAGCGUAAAGAAUGCAAGCCACACUAAUACAUACAUACUAAUACACGAAAACGAAGAUACAUUGUACUUUCCGUCUCCAACUGCAUAAUUACAUAUACACACACACGUGAACACAUUUAAUGUGUAUGAAAACUUGUUAAAUACAUUUGUAUGAAAUGAUUUCUUUUGCAAGACAAAAACAAAAAUAAAAAAACAUAAGAAACUUUAUAUAAAUGAAUAAGUUGAAAAGAUGAUGAGACCAGCGGUUGAUGAUGAAGAAUUGUUGAAGCGAAGGCAAACAACAUAUUGGCACACACAAUUGUUUGCAACAUUUGCAGGCGUUACAUUACGUACAUUAUGUUAUGUUACGUACAUCAUGUUACGUUACGUUAACACACGUCACGUUACGUUACGCAAAUGUAUACAGAAAGGAAGUGCAGAGAACGCGUUACCGCAAGCGCGGUCAGGUAUAUCGGCAUUGGCUGUUUUGAGCGUUCAUUCUUUUAGGGAAGCAAAACAAAAAUGGCGUAAACUAACGUUAAUAUUAAUUUAAGUCAAGUCAAGGGCGGGGAAAUAAGGACUAAAUUGCAUUUAAGAAAACAAAAAUGUGAAAAUAAAAAUUAAAAAGAAGUAUUUUUUAAUUUGAAAAUGAGAGUUUAUUAUAAUAUGAACCAGCAGUUAGAGGGUAUGUGCAUAAAAAAUGUGAGCGAACGCGAGAGCGACCAAGAGCGAUUUGGAAAGAGUCCAAAAAAAAAA